GCCAGGCCUUAUGAGCUUGAGCUGAAGCGUGGUCACCAAGCUUACUUGGACAUAGAGACAACAACAAGACACUAUCGCGAAAAAAUGUCGAACUUCAACACGGAUAGCAGCGUUUCCAUUGAUCAGGAUUUUUUCGAUAGUGGCUACGCUUACGCUGAACAGAAGGAACAGCCGUAUGGUGGAUACGGUUACAGUCAACAGUACUCAGAUUAUGGACAAACGGCACAGCAAGUGCCGACUUACAACUAUCCUCCAGCCACAAAUACUCAAGGAUUUUAUGACUCAUCUUCGUAUGAAUAUGGCGGUAAUUUGUCGUACGAUUACGGUGCUUCAGGUCCGACAACGAUGAGGUCAGGUGGUGGUGGAGGUUAUGGAAUAGAAGGAUCCAUGAGACCGCGACAAACGAGCGAAGAUUACACAAGUUUUGAAGAUGAGCCGCCACUUUUGGAAGAGCUCGGAAUCAAUUUUGAACAUAUAUGGCAAAAGACACUGUCUGUGUUAAAUCCAUUGCAACACACAGAAGCUAACAUUAUGGAUGACACAGACCUUGCUGGGCCACUGGUGUUUUGUCUAGCAUUUGGUGGAUGUCUCUUGUUGUCAGGCAAGGUUCAUGGGUUUGGUUAUAUCUAUGGAGUUGGUCUUCUAGGCUGUUUAUCUAUGUACGCCAUUCUCAAUCUUAUGAGUAUGACUGGAGUGUCCUUUGGUUGUGUUAUUAGUGUUCUUGGUUACUGUCUUCUUCCUAUGGUCAUCUUGUCCUGCGUCUCCAUACUUCUCUCCUUACAGGGGAUCCUCGGGACACUGCUGACAGCUACAACAAUAGGUUGGUGCAGCCUUUCAGCAUCAAAACUGUUUGUAACAGUACUUGCCAUGGACGCACAGCAGCUUCUUGUUGCUUAUCCUUGUGCUCUGUUGUACGGCGUGUUUGCUCUUCUGACAGUUUUUUAGCAGCAACAUGAAACAUGACUUAACAUUAUCAAAGCCAGUACUGUUCUUCCAUUGGUCUGCAAAUACAUUGAACUGAAGAUGGUUAAUUAUUGUGGCCCAAAGGAUUUGUUCAUUGACCAGUGUUGCUAUUUGUAUCUGUAGUCAAA